AUGAUUCCAACUCGUAAUGGAGGAGACUUAACUGAAGGUUGGGAAGAAUCAACCUCAAGUACGGCCAUGCACAUUUAUAAUGCCAAUGGAAACGAUGCUCUUCAUAUUUCAAGAUCCAGAAAGGGACUACUGAGUGAUGAAAGUCCUAGAAGAGAGAAAAGGGACAGGUUAUCAAUUAUUCCCAGUAGACUGGGCUUGCUGAAAACCAAUUCCAGCGGUAACUUAGUUUCCCCAAAAGCUAGAUUUCAGCAUAUUGCAGAUGAGAAGGAUGACAUCUCAUGUUCUGUACCCUCUUCGACUAUCCAAGGUUUUCAAGAGCACUUCGGUGGGAUUCUAGCUCCGAGGAUUGAUUGGAAAUCGCUGAGGAUAAUCUGUAAAGCAUGGAUCAAGAACCCUUUGAACAUGGCCCUUCUUUUCUGGAUAGGCUGUGUUGCUGUUUCAGGUGCAAUCCUUUUUCUAGUCAUGACAGGUAUGUUAAACAGUGUCCUACCUAAAAAGUCACAGAGAAAUGCCUGGUUUGAGGUCAAUAAUCAAAUCCUCAAUGCUCUCUUUACCCUCAUGUGUCUGUAUCAACACCCAACGCGGUUCCACCACCUUGUGCUUCUGUGCAGGUGGAAGGCUAAGGACAUUACCACACUCAGAAAGAUAUACUGCAAGAAUGGCGCUUACAAGCCACGUGAAUGGGCCCAUAUGAUGGUGGUAGUUGUGUUACUUCAUGUGAAUUGCUUUGCUCAAUAUGCCUUGUGCUCACUCAAUCUGGGAUAUAAAAGAUCAAAUCGACCUGCUUUGGGUGUUGGAAUCUGUCUCUCUGUUGCAAUUACUGCUCCAGCAAUAGCAGGUGUCUACUCCAUUGUAAGCCCCCUCGGGAGGGAGUAUGACUCUGGAGCUGAUGAGGAAGCACAGGUUCAAACCUUUAGUAAUGGCACCAGUCAACCCAGCCACCCAAGGGUGCAGGCAAUGGAAAAAAGAUUUUCAUUUGCAUCAAGAAAUGAGAAGAUGAUUGUUGAGCAUGCACCCAAAUGGAGUGGGGGCCUAUUUGAUAUUUGGGACGAUAUUUCUACAGCAUAUCUCUCUCUAUGCUGCUGCUUUUGUGUCUUCGGUUGGAAUAUGGAAAGACUUGGGUUUGGGAAUAUGUAUGUUCACAUUGCAACUUUUCUCCUCUUCUGCAUGGCCCCAUUUUGGAUCUUCAACUUGGCUGCCAUCAAUAUUGAUAAUGAGACUGUCAGGGAAGCUCUAGGAUUAACUGGUGUAGUGCUUUGUCUGUUUGGUUUACUCUAUGGUGGAUACUGGAGGAUUCAAAUGAGGAAGAGAUUUAACUUGCCUGCGAAUGAUUUUUUUUGUGGAAAGCCAGCUGUUGCAGAUUGCACACACUGGCUUUUCUGUUGUUGGUGCUCUCUUGCCCAGGAAGUUCGAACGAAGGAUUUCUAUGACAUUGUGGAAGAUAAAUUUUGCAGAAAACAGGAGGAUGAGAACGGCCAGCCAUCACUCUCUCCUUUACCACGUGAAGAUGGAUCAGUUCGAUUCAGUUCCAGCCCAACUUUACUUUGGAACAGCCCCAGAUUGUCUAAGCUCAGGGAUGAAAACUCCAUGAGUCCAAGUAGGCCACAUCCAAACUAUCAUCAUGGUCCUGAUGGAGAGCUCCCAACGUUGCAGGAGUUUUCUGUGGGCGUCAUGGACAAUUCUAUGAAGCCACCCAAUCUAUCAUCGAUGCAGAGAGAAGACUGACCAAAAAUCACGCUGAGAAAAACUCUAUUGCGGCAUUCAGCAGUGACUCGUCGAGUGGUCAUGUUUAUGGUGCAUCUGUGCCCGUACUUUUCGUAGUUUCGUAUAUGCUAGCACGUGUAUUGUGACGUGUCAAUUGGGACACAUUAAAGCAUAUGAGCAUUAGUACUAAAUGUUUUUCUCCGGCCAGCCUGUCUAUGCUUGCAUAUCAUGAUAGUGUGGGUUAACAUUCCUGUUUGAUCAUUAAGUUUUUUAAUGAGUAAAGAGAUCAGACCUCUUGUUAAGCA